AUGAGGACAUCAACACAGCCGUUCCUGACUGCUUUGGCGCUCACAGGAGUGGCUUUUUCGCAAGAUGUUUCAGGUACCACAAAGUUUCAAUCCUCAAAUAAACGAGGUCUUAUCUACAUGACCUCCGACCAUCCAUCUGACGACCAAAUAUGGGUGGAAGAUAAUUCAGAUUUGACUUGGUACUAUGACUACACGGACACGCCCGCGGCCACAUACUCAAAUCGCUCUCAGGAAGAGUUUGAGUUUGUGCCGAUGCUUUGGGGAUCUGCAAACAGUUCGGGAUUUGCUUCAGAGAUCAGAUCCCAGAUUACAUCGGGCCGAAAUAUCACUCAUAUACUGACGUUCAACGAACCGGAUGGAACCACAUCAACAGGCGGAAGUGCAAUUUCGCCCGCUGAUGCCGCCAGCAUUUGGAUACAAGACGUUGAGCCACUGCGAAAUGAAAGUAUAAAAAUCGGCGCUCCGGCUGUGACUGGAAGUCAAAGCGGUCUCACCUGGUUGAGCGAGUUUUUCUCGAAUUGCACCUCUUUGAAAACCAAUUGCACGGUUGAUUUCAUCCCCUUGCACUGGUACGGAGAUUUUCAGGGUCUCGCGAGUUAUCUUGGACAGGUCGUCGCAACAUAUCCCAACACCACGAUAUGGAUAACAGAGUAUGCGCUUGCAAAUGCCGAUUUGAAGGACACGCAAGCGUUCUUCCAAACUUCAGCUGAAUACUUUGAUCGGCUAGAUUAUAUUGAAAGAUACUCAUACUUCGGAUCCUUCCGAUCAUCAGUUUCUAACGUGGGACCAAAUGCGGCAAUGUUAACCCAGGGUGGCCAGCUCACAGACAUUGGAAGUUGGUACCUCGGAGGUGCAGCAACUGGUAACGUCCCGAGCUCUUCUUCAUCGAGCUCUAGCCCUACCGGUUCUGGCGCCACGGGCGUUGGGUAUAAACUUGACUCGUAUAGUGCUGUGCUACGAGCGCUGGCCUUUUCUCUUCUUGUAUUAGCGUUUGUGUAA